AUGCGCUGUCUACUCGUUCCAGGCUUACUUGCGCUUCUUGUCGAAGCGCAAAAGGCAGGCAACACAAUACGACAAGUCCAUCCAAACCUGUCCUGGAAGAAAUGCAGCAAUGGUACCACCGCAGCCGCCACCUGCGAGACAGUUAACAGCAAGGUUGUCAUUGAUGCCGAUUGGCGUUGGACUCAUCGUGCUGGCAGUUUCCUCAACUGCUAUACCGGAAAUAACUGGGAUCAUGACUACUGUAGCUCGAACGAUGUUUGUACCGCAGGCUGCGAGAUUGAGGGCACGGAUCCCGGGAGCCUGAAAGAGACCUUUGGCAUCACCAUUGACGGGAGUAGGCUGUCUCAGCAGAUGAAUACACCCGGACCCUUCGGUACCGCCCGUAAUUCACGUGUGUUUCUGCUGGAAGAGGGGUCGGAGAGGUACCAGACCUUUAUACUUAUGGGAAACGAAUUCGCAUUCGAUGUCGAGCUCUCUUCGGUCGAGUGCUCGAUCAACAGUGCGCUAUACUUCGUUGCCAUGGACCCUGAUGGUGGGAAGGCGAAGUAUCCUACAAAUGAGGCUGGGGCAAAGUACGGGACUGGUUAUUGCGACGCGAGCUGCCCUCAAAGCAACCACUUCGUGGGAGGCAAGGCCAACGCCGAGGGUUGGAUACCUAGAGAUGGAACACGCGGUGAGGGCAACUUUGGCGCGUGCUGCUCAGAGUUCGACGUCUGGAAUUCCAACGCUCAUUCUUUCUCCAUGAUCUCGAAGCCCUGCAUGAAGAUCGACUACCACGUGUGUCGCGGCUCAGACUGCAACAACGUCAACGACGCGGGACCCAUGCUGUGCGAUAGAACUGGCUGCGACUACAACCCGUACAGACUCGGGAACAAAUUCUUUUACGGCAAGGGGAAGACGGUGGAUACGAACAAGAAGAUUACCGUCGUCACGCGAUUCGAAGAGGACCAAGUUACCCAGUUCUUCAUCCAGGACGGGAAGAGGAUCGAUGCACCCAACCCGACUUAUCCGAACUUUCCCAACAAGAGCGGAAUAAACUCCGAGCACUGCGAUAUUCUGGCGUACACCUUUGGGGAACCGAACAACUUCUCACGGAUGGGCGGCUACGGUCACCACAACGACGCGCUCCGGCGUCCAAUGGUCCUCGCCAUGUCCAUCUCCGACGAUUAUUGGGCCAAAAACCUUUGGCUCGAUUCCGUAUUUCCUGUGGAUUCUUCGUUUCCAGGGGCGGAGCGAGGAGACUGUCCACGAUAUACCGGUGGUCCUACCUUGCCCAUCGAACCGAAUAACAACUCUAAGGUCGCAUGGUCCAACAUUCGUUUCGGACCUAUUGGGACCACAGUCUAG